UCAAACUUCAAAGGUGUAAGUUGUGUGGUGUGAAGUCUAGUAACUUAUUAUUGUAAGUUUUAUACUGGUAUGAUUAAGUUAGUUAGUAUAAUUUAAAUACACACAAGAUGGAAGAAGACGAUCCUGUUGUACAAGAGAUACCAGUCUUUCUAUCACAAGCUUUAUCGGAGCACCUGUAUAUAUACCAGUAUCCCGUGAGACCAGCCAAUAGGGACUGGAGAGAUGUCAAAGUUACUAAUGCUUCAGUUAAACCCAAAAACCAACUUGUUAGAAUGGAGAUCGGACUGAACACAUACAGUGAUAAAUAUUGUGCUUCUAAAGGUGAACAAAUUGCUCUCAAUACUGAUGGAUCUCAGGAAUCAAGAUAUAUUAAAGACAAAGAACGGGAAAGGUCACAAUACUUUAGGAACGGCAUUAUGGAUAAGAUAGUCUAUGAGAGCAGUAAACCUUGUACUGAAACUCAGCACUAUGCUGUUGCUUUAUUACAAGACAAGGAAUUACACUGUACACCUAUUAAAGGUAUAUUACAACUAAGGCCAUCCUAUUCUUAUUACGAUAAACAAGAUAAGAGAAAAGUUGACAAGAGUAAGGAUGAAAACUCUGAUGAUGAGGAAAAGGAACCUGAACCACAACAGGUAACAGUGAAAUUUGCGAGAGUAGAAACAGAUGUGGCAAAAAAAGCACGAGAAAAGUCUUAUGAGUCCAUCUCUCAGCGUAUAGCAGAUGAGCCCUGGUAUGACGCCAUGUGGAAGCAUUCUGAUACAGACCAUGCUGAUCUAGAGCGUAUGAAGCUAUUCAGUGCAACAGUGCAAGAUGGGUCCUCUCUAACUCUUGGUCCAGCGGAGUACAUAAGCACAUUGGUUCCUCAGCAUAAUGACGAAGCAGAAAUGGCUCCACCGAAAAAAUUGACAUUGCAGGAUCAAAUAAAAGAAAUACUGAUCAAUGCAAAACUGAUGACUUUCAACGAGCUGCUGAAACUCGCCCGCUCGGAGGACGGGCAAGUGAGCGAGGCGGCGCUGCUGACGGCGCUGGGCGGCGCGGCGUGCUGCGUGCGCGGCGUGUGGGCGCCGCGCUCGCAGGAGCUCUACGUGCGCGCCGCGCCCGCGCCGCCGCGCCUCAUGUGCGCCGCGCGCGACCACGUCCUUUACCUCUUCACCCAGCACGCAUAUGUGGAUCGACGUAAAAUAACAGCAGCGGUUCGUUUGCCUCCACAAGAAGUUUUAGAAAUAUUACGUUCGGUUGCCAAGUAUAACCCAAGGACCGGGUGGGAACUUCUGCUGCCCCCGGACACAGCUUUCGAAGCAAAAUAUCCAGACGUUGUCCAAAGGCAGAACUUAUAUUGGGAAGCGCGUCAACGCCAGUUCAACGAAAUGCUGAUUGGUGAAAAUGUGCCCAAACGUCAGAGGAAGAAGUCUCAGAGGGAUUCAGUGAGUUCGGACACGAUGAUGAGUCCUAAACCGCGUAAUAAUAGUGUUAGUGAAGAAGACAGUGAUCGGAAACGACAUAAAAACAAAUCGGCUACCGGAAGUGGUAAACGGACUAGAAAUAUUAGCUCCAGUAGUGGUCACGAUGCAACGUGAGUGAUCAUUUUAGUUAGGUUAUCAAAUUAUCUCUACAAUCUUGUAUCUUCCUAUUGCUUUUACUGCCAUAUGAACUGAAUUUUAGAUGUACGUUCCGGAACAGUGGUUUAAAUUUUAUAUCAUAGCAUUACUUUUUUUAAUUCUUUCAUGAAUAGCAUAUUUAUAGAUUGGUAUGUGUUAGAAAUUAUUGUUCGGGCUCAUUGGGACUAAGUGAAGUAAUCUUAAAUAAUUCCAUGCUAUGCAGCACCCUUAGGUUAAGGGUGCAUAUUUGAAAUUGAACAUGUAUCAUAGUUUCUUAAAUUUCGUGAAAGUGAGAGUCAUAUACUUUGACAUAGUUGUUAACAGCCCACUUUUUUGAGGCAUCUGAACAUAUCGGUAAAUUCCGAUAUGCUCAAUGUUUUCGGGUCUUUGACGCACAAAGAUAAAAAUAUCAUUAUGUACAAUUAGAAAUCUAUCUAAUCUGCUUUUAAAGUUUCUUUCUGAAAAAAAUCUGAACCACAUUAUUUUUAUAAAUAUUACCUAAAUAAAUUAAAAUCUGGUUGAUUAAGUUACCAAUUUAAUCUCUAACACAAUCGGCUUAGCUCAAGUGUAGGGUUGUAUAGAUCUAUUCAGUAACGAAUGCGCGCCCCUUGUUAAACUACUAACAUUUGAAAACAAAGGUAAUUUUAAUAUCUAAUUUGUAUUAUUUUAUGUGCUGGUUUUACUCAUAUAUUAUUCGUCUUACGCACACUAAGACAUUAUGUAAGCGCGAUCGUCAUCCAUACUGAUGCUCAUAGUUUAUCGAGGAGGGUGGGGGGUCAACUGCGUGAAUGAACAGAUCUAUAAUCUAUGUACAUUUUGAGACAUUUCACUGUCACUUCUACCAUAAAGCUAAACCACUGUUAACGGAAUGAUCAUUUUAGUUUUAUCAAUUAGAAUAAACUUUUUUAUUAAAACAAAAUCCUCAUCAGAAUAAGACUUUAAAUUAUAACUUUCAUAAAUGAAAUUUCCGAGUUAUCAUAAAUUUACGAUAAAGUUCCUUUAAAUUUAUAUGCAGUUAUUAAAUGCGAGAAUAUGGUAAAAAUUCAUUGUUUGUUCUCAUGUUAACAUGUGUUUUUAAUCAAACAUUUCCAAGGAUUUUUCUGAUUUGUAAUAAAAAAACAUUUAUAGCAUAAUUAUGAAAAGUUUUGCCUGCCUAAAGGUAGGAAUUAUUAUUGUAUUAUUAAUAAAUUAUAUAAA